AUGCGGUUAUGGAAGCAUCUGAGUUCCUUGCUUGGGCUCUUUCCUAUCACACCAUCAUUGACAGUAAUUACCGAUCUCAAAGUGGAAAAAGCAACCGAGGGUUGGAGAAUGCUCUUGUCGAAGUCUAUUUUGCGAUUCUCCAACAUACAGCCAGGUAGAAAAAGCAAGAAAGGAGAACACACUCGCAUCACUGCUCUUAUCGACAAGCCACUCGAGCGAAUCAAGUCAGUUUUAAAGACGAAAGGCCAGACACUCGACAGAUGGAGAGACCUCUGCAGCGGCGAAGUUUUCCGUCAAAUCCUGCUCGACCGGAAUAUCCUAACCAUUGAUGAGAAGCUUAUUGAAGCUGUGGCAGGAGAAUCGGAGGCCCUCGAGCUUCUUUCCAAACAUGAUUCAAAUUUGCCCAUUACAGAAGCGACUAUAGUGAAAACUACAAGAAAAGUUGAAACACUGCGUAUUGUUCUAAAAACUCGCAACAAUGUUAUUCUUGUCACAAAGAAGAUUAUGAAAGCUGCAAGGCGUCAUCUAGACCUCCAGACAGUCAGGGAGGCUUGGUGGCAAAGAGACUUGCCCAAGAGGGUCCGGGCAUCCGAGAUCCUAUUUGAAAAUGAUAAUGUUGAAGCUUUCAAGCAUAUGGUGGAAAAGCUUUCCCAAGAUAAAAACGAUUAUGACUUGGCCGAGCUCCUUGGGUUUUCUACAGAGCACAAGGCCUCAAAAUAG